AGAGAUAAAUUGGUAUUUUCAGAAAUAUGUCAGUCUGACUGACUUUUAUAAACUUGUAAGAUGUCUGUCCGGUUCCCCGAGGAUGGGCCCAGGAAAACUCCAGGGACUACUCCUGACUCUACCUUGUCCUGUUUACUGUGCCAAGCACAGAUGCAAGAUGCCAGGGUUCUGCCAGGUUGCCUUCAUAGCUUCUGCAAACUUUGUCUAGAGAAACAUUCCGGGGGGCAGACAUCCUUUCCUUGCCCAUACUCAUCAUGUAACCAGGUUGUUUCUCAAACUAUUGACAGUCUUCCAGCCAAUUCAUUCUUCAACACUAUUGCAGACCUUGACUCUGAUAUAGACAAGGAGAGAAUGUUGCCGCCUAUGGGUCGUCUCACGAUCUCUAGCUCGCUAUCCUGUCUGUCAGGACCAGGACAUAAUCUUCCUUCCUCUCUCCUUCCCUCCUGUUCAUCCUCUCUUCUUCCAUCCUCCUCCUCCUCCUCCUCCUCUUCCUUGCUACCAUCUACCCGCCAGGACAAAAACUGGGAGAAUUGGAGACCUGUGGUCGGUCUCUCAGAGGGCCCGGAGACCUGGGGGAAGAAUUCUCUAAACUUUGAUUAUCUUGGAGAUAAUUUUAAACAGCUUGACACCUGGGGAACUGGUGGAGGUGUAGGGGGAGGUGGUGGACUGCUCCAGGAGGGUGCAGGACUACCUCAUCAUAUGAAGAAUCAGAAGUGUGGAGCAUGUGAUGAAAAUCAUGUUGUCAACUCACAUUGCAGGGAUUGUCAAGAGGAUCUGUGCGAAUCCUGCGUGAUUGCGCACCAGCGGGUCAAGCUUACACGUGAGCACGCAAUAUUCCAUUAUCCGGAUACACCCAACCCGAACCGUAUCCAGGCAACCUUCACGUCUCAUCAAACCACAGACUCAGAUGUUAUCAGGGUGUAUAAAGAAACUGUCGAGAAGACGAGACUAGAGAAUGAUCGGCUCUGUCUGGAGGCUAAGGAAGGAUUGCUAGAGUGUGAAACUGCUCUUGUAAAGAUCGCUGCCAAGGAGCGGGAUAUCACUAAUCAAUCUGAUUUAGUCGCCAGGACUAUAAAACAGAUGGUGGAGCAGGUGAUUAUAGGUUUAAAGGAACGUGAAUCACAACUCCUGGACCAGGUCUCGAGAAUACAUCGCGUUAAAUUCAAGAGUCUAGAGGAACAGCAACAAAAAAUAAGAACUUCAAUGCUUCCUCUGAGUGAGAUAAUGAACUCCCUGGAUAAUAUCAACCUCUCUGAUAGGCUCGCCAUCGAGUACAACAAGAAGUUCUCCACAACCUUGGCCAGGAUAAAGAGAGAUCUAGGAACUAUGGAACCUUACGAGGAUGAUAUUAUAAACUUUGUUCCCCUGGACUCUGGUCUACUGUUAACCCUGUCCAAGGCAGGGUUCGUCACCAGCUCAGGGUUCUUCAAGAACAGUAAGGCUGAAGGAGAUGGAUUAAAGAAGGGUGUUCUGGGUAGAACCUGCAGGUUCAUCGUCUUCAUAAAUAAUCACCUGGGAGAACCAAGUUUAUCAAACAGAGAGAAACUUUCUGUCAUGAUACAGUCUCCAGACAGGCAUAAGGUUUGGGUGAAGAUUGGUGAACCUUUGGAUGGACAGUAUCCUGUAGCAUGGAGACCUCAUGUUGAAGGAGAUCAUCAUAUUUAUGUUCAACUCAACUCUGUUUCCAUACCAGGGAGUCCGUUUCACUGUGUGGUUCGUUCCGGACGCGACUACACGACUAUAGGUUCUCCGGUCUGUGUAUUUGGACGAGAGGGAACCAAGGACGGAGAGAUGUGCAGACCCUGGGGGGUUUGCUGUACUAAGGAAGGAUGGAUUGCUGUUGCUGACCGAUCCAACAACCGAGUUCAACUGUUCCAGCAGAACGGAACGUUCCAUCACAAGUUUGGAGUUGAAGGGAAGGGUCCAGGGCAGUUUAAUAAACCCAGCAGUGUCUGCUGUGAUUCAAGAAACCGGUUAAUCGUCUCAGACAAGGAUAAUCACAGAAUUCAGAUAUUUUCCAUCGAUGGUUCGUUCAUCAUGAAGUUCGGAGAAAAGGGUUCAGAACCCGGUCAAUUUAAUUAUCCUUGGGAUGUAGCGGUCAACUCACAGGACAGCAUUCUUGUAUCAGAUACAAGGAACCAUCGGCUUCAGCUGUUUACUCCGAACGGCGAGUUCCUGAAGAAAUAUGGUUUCGAGGGUCAGAGUUGGAAACAUUUUGAUUCGCCUCGGGGAGUAUGUUUCUCAGCUGACGACCAGACUGUUGUUACGGAUUUCAACAACCAUCGUCUGUUGGUGAUAAGAGCUAAUUUUGAAAAUGCACAAUAUCUCGGCAGUAUGGGAACACAGGAUGGAGAGUUUACCCGACCUAAUGGCAUUACAGUGGAUGAUGAAGGGAACAUAAUUGUUGCGGAUUCAAGGAAUAAUCGGAUUCAGGUGAGUUUUAAUUCUUCACACAAAUACUGUUGUAAAAUCUUUAUUUUUCAAUACACGCAAGCAUCAAGAUAUCUCUAAACUAUUGUUUUCGGC